AACGACAAGAUUUGGUCUUUACGGGUGAACUAAUAGCUUCAAAAGCAAGAAACUCUAACUUCAUCUUUUCUCCGGCAUCAAUCAACUCCGCCUACACAAUGAUGGCUGCCCGCUGCGGCUCUAUCUCCGACGAGCUUAAAGCUGUCUUCAGCGAGAUCGCUACGGUGGUUUUUGCUGACGGCAGUGCGAGCGGUGGCCCCAAAAUCUCGUCUAUUAAUGGCGUUUGGGUGGAGAAAACACUCCCCUUUGAUCAUUCGUUAAAGGAUCUGAUGGAGAAAUCUUUCAAGGCUACUUACGCUCCAGUUGAUUUCAGAUUCAAGGCUGAACAAGUGCGGAAGGAGGUGAAUUCUUGGGCUUCAGAUCAUACCAAUGGUCUCAUCAAAGAUCUUCUUCCUCCAAGAUCCGUUACACAUAAAACCAUGGAGAUCUAUGGCAAUGCAUUGUACUUCAAAGGAGCUUGGGCUAAGAAAUUUCAGAAGUCGUGUACAAUGGAAAACGAGUUUCACCUUGUCAAUGGUUCGUCAGUGUCUGUGCCAUUUAUGAGAAGCGGAGGGAAGCAAUACGUUUCGGCUUACAAUGGUUUCAAGGUCGUCAGGCUCCCAUACCGGCAAGGCCAUGAUGAUACCAAUCGUAAAUUCUCAAUGUAUUUCUAUCUGCCCGACAAGAAAGAUGGAUUGGAUGAACUCGUGAAGAAAAUGUCAUCUACUCCUGGUUUCGUGGAUAAUCACAUUCCGAGGCACAAAGUCAAAGUUAGUGAUUUCAGAAUUCCAAAGUUUAACAUCUCUUUCAUGUUUGAGGCUCCCGGAGAUGUUUCAAUGUACCAUAAAGCUUGUGUUGAGAUCGAUGAAGAAGGUGCAACUGCUGCUGCUGCUACUUGUUAUGCUGUGCAAAUAAGUUAUCGUAUUUAUACUAUGAUAGAUUUUGUGGCUGACCAUCCAUUUCUUUUCUUGAUUAGAGAAGACAAAACCGGGACUAUUUUGUUCGCUGGUCAAAUCUUUGAUCCUUCAAAAAAAUCUUCUUAA